AUGACUUCUACACAACGUAGUGAAAGUAUCAACUCAUUUUGUGAUGCCUUUGUUAAUGCACAAACUCCAUUGGAUGAGUUUGUUAUUCAGUAUGAUAAGGCUUUGUUUGCUCGACGAAAUGAUGAAGAAAAUGAAGACUUCAAGACAUUGAACUCUAUAGCUAACUAUUACACAAGUCAUCCAAUUGAGAAGCAUGCAAGAGAAGUAUACACAAGAGCUGUGUUUAAUAUCUUUCAAGUAGAAUUGCAAGAAAGUGAUAGUAUGCUUGCCGAACGGGUUCGAGAUGGGUCCGAAAAUGCAAAAUAUAUAAUUUGUAAUGAAACUUUUAUGUUUAGCAAAGAUUGUAUUGAAGAUGGGAAACCUUCCGCUACAUGCUCUUGUAAGAAGUUUGAAAGAGAAGGUGUGUUGUGUCGCCAUAUAUUGAAAAUAUUUAAAAAAAAAAAAGAGGUUGCAAAGGUUCCUAAAAGAUAUAUGCUACGCCUUUGGACUAUGGAUGCAAGAUAUAGGUCAAGUGUUAUGAUGGUUGAGACAUGCAACAAUGCCUUCACACCCUUGAUGAAGUGGAAUGCACAAUCUAUAUCAUCCUUAGAGAUGUAUGAGAAAAUUAUGACUAAGCUUAAAGACAUUUUUGAAAUUCUUGGUGAAAUGUCUAGUGCACCAGAACAUAGAUCAUGCACCGAGCAAAAUGAUGAAAAUCAAGAGAUUAUUGGUUCUUCUUCUUGCCUUGCCUUAUCAAGUGAAGAUAAUGUUUGUGGGUCAAACAUUAGUAUUCUUGAUCCAAAAUCUAUCAAGAGCACAGGUCGACCAAGAGUGAAUACGAGGAUUGAGUCCACCAUCGACCUCCAAUUAUCAGCUAAGAGAAAAAAAAAACUUGUAGUAGAUGUGGAGGAAAGGGGCCAUGUCAAUAUUUUUGGACUGCCUGAAUUACAUCAUGAAGAUGAUUUGAGUUCAACAGCAGUAAUGCAGAAAUCAGUUGAAAAUGAAGCAGAUGUAGCAAAGCUGUUUCUGGAUCGGAAUCAAAUGGGUUGGAAUGAGAAUACCCAGGUUCAGCUGAAUGCUAUUUGGGAAGUGUAG